CAAAGUUGUAUGUCGACAGUGCAGAAAUACCGUUUGUUAAUAGACCUGUCUGUUUGUCUGCCCGUCUGUCCGUCUGUCGGUUGUUGAAAAAGUGUUUAAAAGUGUUUGAAAAAAUCAAUUGUGGAAAAAAGUGGAAUAUUUAUCAACUGAGCUAAAUAAAGUUCCAGAAUGGAACUCCUGCUACCAUCCAUCCUGUGUCUAACCAUCAUCUCCUGUUUUGGACAAAUUUCCGCUGAACAUUAUCAAAGAACCGAAUGUCUCUACGCCAACCAGACCUACCCAGAUGGCUCUAAAGUCCACACCGAGUCUCCGUGCCUGCGUUGUGCCUGCUCCACGGGUCUCCUCAGGUGCAGGUUGAGAGUCUGCCCUGAAUUUCCUGAUCCGCCUCCGCCAGGGUGCAUCACUCUGACCAGGCGCUCGGAGUGUUGUCCACGACUCCUAUGCAAACACGUUGGAUGGAGACGGGGACAAGAAAAUGAUCGUUUGCAAAAUCGAGCUGUUUUAAACGAUUUAGACUUCUUGCGAACCAAAAAUGCUACCUUGAGUGAAGGUGGUUGCAUAAUAGAUGGGACCAUUUAUUCCGCUGGUUCAGCAACCAGCAAUUCCAAUUCCUGUCGGGCCUGCUACUGUUCCCCGGAUGGUACUGAACGUUGCGCCAGCGUGGAAUGCGUUCCGACUCCAUCAGGAUGCAUACCAGUUGUUUCCGGAACAUCCUCCAAACCAGGAAGCCGAAAGCGAUCGGCUGAUGGCGGAAAAUCCUGCUGUCCAGGCAGAUAUGUAUGUCCAGAAAAAACAGAUAUUGUCUCUGUUAGGACGCACAGGACUUUGGGAGGUGGUUGUGUGAUUGGUGGUAUUCAGUACAAAGAAGGAAGCAUGAUAACAGAUAAUCUGGGAUCAUUGUCACAGAAUGAUCCUUGUUCUAAGUGCAUGUGUCUUCAUGGUGUAGUGAAGUGCACGAGUGUUCCUUGCCCUGUAGUUGCACCUCUUGGAUGCUCUCCUGUUUUCUCCACAACUAAUACUCAGUGUUGUCCUGAAAGAUUUGAAUGUUCUGCACAACGAGGAAGCCCCGAAGAAGUAUCGGGCACCACAGUGUCUCAAAAAACAAAAAUCAGCAAAAUAAUUCAAGACGUCCUGAAAAAUUCAGAGACGACUACUCUAUUCGAUUUUGACAAAUACGAAACCAGUGAUCACAAAACCAACGAAUCUUUGAAUUCGGAACCUGUGACUCCGAAAGAAGAUGUGUCCAAAAAACUGGCACAGAAGUUGAGACAGAUCUUCAAGAAAUCGAUUGAAAACUACGAAACUAUAGCUCUGAAUAAUGAAGGUAAGUAUUUUUAUGACAACGGCAAUAAUAAAUCAGGACACGACAAGAGGGAUGUCAGCGGGAUAAAUAUUACAACAGAUUUUGUGGUGGAUUUGCCAGGGAAUGAAACAAGAGAUGAAAAUAAUGAUUACGAACUGGAUUAUGAUACCAUGUUGCCCCCAAGUUUACCGAAUGUUAGAAUUAUUAAGUUUGAAGCCGCGGAUGCUCUGGGAAAAAAUGCAGAAGCUGAUGCACCUUAUAAAAUAAAUUUGGUGUCUCAAUCUCCCUUCGGAAAUUCUGAAGAUUCAACUUUGGACUAUAGUGGAGGAAAAGGAUUCGCACCUCCUGUAAAAACUGAAGGUGGUUUUCUUCCUGGAGAAUCCAUGCCCCUGUUCAACAAUUAUGUUAUAAAUCCGGAUAGGUUUGUUUUCACAACAGCUGCAAAUGAAAUAAAUACAAAUGCACAAAAAAUAAACUCUUUAUUAAACUUCGAUGAUGAUACAUCAUAUAGUACGACUCAAGCAUAUGUGGAUGAUGAAGAAGAAAUAAUUUUAUUGGAACCUAAAAACACCACAAGUGCUCCUGAUUUAGAAUCCGGGGAGUCUGAGUUAGAUAAAGUACUGAAUUAUAUAUUUUCACCAUUGGAAGAGAGUUUAGAAACUACUAAAACACCUAAAGAAGAAAUUAGGAUAAACGUUUUAAAAGAUCAUGAUAAACCAAGUAAUAGCUACGAAUUAUUAAAAAGAAAUCCAUUGCCAGCUCAAAGAAAAAAUAUAACAAAAUUCCACAAUUUAGUAUUAGACAAUCAUACCACACAAAGGUCUAAACUGGCUACAAAAAUCAACACAUCCAAAGAUGUUGUCAAAAACAUCAUCAACAAUGCACCAGUCAUCGAUAUAAAUACCACUAAAAAACCUUUAACUACAAACCCUCCUAAAAGGCCUAUGGAUCUUCAAGACUCUUCAUCUGAUAAUGCAAAUGUCAUAUUCAAAUUGGCUGGUUGUAAUAUUUAUGGUAAAAUGUACUCGGUUGGGCAAGUUAUUGUGGAACUAAGUAAUCCUUGUACGGAAUGUAUUUGUGAUAAUAUUGGUGUACAAUGUAAAGAUCUUUUCUGUUGA